AUGGAGUCAUUGACUGAUACACACUCAAAUCGCGUCGAUGGGCAUAGGAUUUCGCAUAGCUUCAGUGAGGUAUUUUCCAGGGCCAUGCGAGAAGUGACCGGGCUUGAUGUGGCACAUCGGCAAACUUCAUCGGGUCUGGUAAGGUUGGGAUGCCAGUGCCAGACCUCCGAGCUACUUGGUAUGGCAUAA